UGCAUUUAAAAGGGGCUUGCCGUAAAGGCAUUCCGCCAGUAAAGGGAGAGGAGAUAAAAAGCAAGAUUUACCAAAUCACAUCUUUUUGUUUCAAAUUGAAAUCUUAUCAACAGCAACAGCACAAAAAAAUAAAACAACUCAGCGGCGGUCCAUGCAUACAAACCUCAUCAUACCACAAUGCAUACUUGAAAUCUCCCUCUCACUACCAACAACAUCACCCCCUUCACCAUGCGUGGCAAAGCAAAGGCUUGGAUUGCCUUAUUGCUUUACACCUCUUUAGCAAACGUAAUUGCAGCUCAUCCAGUACAAGCACAAGAUGGAAAUGCAGUAGGAGGAAUCGUUUGGCCUAUGUUCGAUGAAUUGGCUUGUGCGCUUACAAUGUCCACAUUACCAUUCUGUUCGCAUCCUUCAACCUCAACUUUAGCAAUACACAAUCACCAAAGCCAUCAUGAUCAUACGCAUUUAGACGCACACGAAGAUAAAGAUGGUUCGCAUAUAGAAGGCAAUCAAGGCGGUUGGAUUUACUUGAUUAGACAUGGAGAAAAAUUUAAAGAUUCCGAUAAAGCAGGAUUAUCAGCAAGAGGAAUUCGUAGAGCACGUUGUUUACGAAACGUUUUUGGUAAACGUGGUCAUAUGAUUGAUUUCAUUAUGGCGCAAGAUUUUAAACCAAACGGAAAACGUAAGAGACCGUACGAAACUGUUGCUCCUUUGGCAAAAUUGUUGGAUAUCCCUCUGGAUCAUACGUGUGAUCGUGAUGAUGAAAAAUGCGCUGCUAAAAUGAUUCAAAAACAUGCUCGUAGAUCGGAAAAUGUUCUUGUCGUUUGGGAACAUAAACGUUUGAGUGAUAUCGCCAAACGAUUAGGUGUCACCGGACUCAAAUAUCCUGAAAAACGUUAUGAUGUCAUUUUCAAGUUACGAAAUGGAAAAGUGCAUGCAAUCUACUCGGAAGAAUGUAAUGGCUUAGACGAGCAAUGGUUCCAUUGGCAUGGAAAGAAGAAGGGCAAGCAUGGCAAAGGCGGUCAAAACGGUAGAUUGAUUGACGAUGAAUCUUGGGCUACAGAUGUCCAAGAAGAGCUUUGAAAUGUUCUGUUAUUUUGUUACACUGUAUUAUUGCAUCUCUACAUACAUAUAAAAAUCAUAUACCCCUUUU